GCACAGACUUCGCAAACCGGAGACAUGUGGUGGAAAGUGUUGCUGUCAGCCUGGCUGGUGUCUGUCGCCUUGUCCGGGGCAAAUGCUCAAGGUGCUGACCCAGUCGGUUGGUGGCGAUUGGACGGGCAGACCGGAGCAGUAGACGUAACAGGAAACGGAAAUGACGGGGUAGCAGUUGGAGCCCAGCUAGCCCGCGGUCCAUACGGGGACCCGGAGGGCGCUUUCGAGUUUUCCGGGACUGCAACUUCCUACAUCGCCAUUCCCAACAACGGCGCGCUGGAUGUGCGGUACUCCUUCACCAUUCUGGCCCACAUAUAUCCUACAGGUGAUGCCGGAUCGAUCUUCAACUACGUCGGGGACAACAAUGUGCAUGGAGUACAUUUUUGGCAGACGACUCCACAGGAGCUGUUCAUGGGGACGGCUGGACGAUAUGGGGGUUUGCCAGAUCCCGUUACUGCGGAUGUGCUGCAGCAGAACGCCUGGAACUACGUGGGUGGAACCUUCGACAGUCCCACGGGGGAGGCAAAGCUCUGGCACAAUGGUAUAAUGGUCGGGUCGUUGUUGAUCAGUGUCUUUGAAGUCGCAACUCAGUUCCCCGUCCGGGUGGCGGUGAAUGCCGACGACGGUCGGUUCUUCCGCGGUUGUAUAGCCUGCAUCCAGCUGUACAACUACGCCUUGACUCAAGAACAGAUUCUCGCAGCACGGGAUAGGUGUUUUCCAGGAGCUCCAGUCGGUUUGUGGCCAUUAAACUCACUGUACGGAGCGACAGACGUAACAGGAAACGGAAAUGACGGGCUGCCAGUAGGAACCGGGUUUGCCCCUGGUCCAAGUGGAGACCCUACCGGCGCUUUCCAGUUUUCUGGGACUAUAGAUUCCUACAUCGACAUUCCCAACAACGGCAAGCUGGACGUGCGAUACUACUACACCAUACUGGCGCAAAUAUAUCCUACAGGUGAUGCCGGACCGAUCUUCAACUACGUCGGGGACAACAAUGACUUUGCGGUACAUCUUUGGCAGACGAGUCCACAGCAGCUGUUCAUGAGGACGGUUAGACGGGAUGGGACUUGGCCAGAUCCCGUUUCUGCGGAUGUGCUGCAGCAGAACGCCUGGAACUACGUGGGCGGAACCUACGACAGUUCCACGGGGGAGGCAAGGCUCUGGUACAACGGUCAACUGGUCGGGUCGUUGUUCAUCGAUGUCGCGGAAGUUGCAAGUCAGUACCCCGUCCGGGUGGCGGUGAAGGCUGAUGACCCUCGGUACUUCCAAGGCCGUAUAGCCUGCAUCCAGCUGUACGACUACGCCAUGACGCAAGAACAGAUAGAAGCAGCACGGGAUGUCGGUUGGUGUCAAGUUAAACCAGAAGAAGAGGUCCCUCCUCUUCUUCCUCUUCCAACGCCUACCCCAACGCCUACCCCAACGCCUACCCCAACGCCUACCCCAACGACUACUCCAGAGACUACAACACCUCCCAACUGGGACAUCACACUGAUUAUCUUGGUUGAUGGAUCCUCGAGUGUGGGCAGAGAUGCGUUCCAACUUGCGAAGGCUUACAUCUCGCAUCUCAUUGAAUGUCUUGGAUACAUCAAUGUUGGGUUGGUGUACUGUAAGUGUGAGCCCAACACCAGCAUCUCCUUGGGUGAGUACGACAACAUCCCAGAUCUAACGACGGCGGUGGAAGAGGUCGAAUUCUACCCCUCUACGACACGUGUCGGCCACUGUAUCCACUACACGCAGUGCACUACGUAUUGGCAGGAUGACGUGCCCAGUGUUAUCUUAGUGUUCAGUGACGGACAAAUCUUCGGGUCUUACGGAUGGGGUUAUUACGAUGAUGUGGCAUUCUUCGUCCAAAAAGCCAUGAAUGCUGGGAUAACGAUUUACGCAGCCACUAUCGGGCGCAGUUUCUUCUGGGACUGGUGGGGACUGCUGGUCAUCACUGGCGGCGACGACUCGCGGGUCGUGGACACCACCAAGGAGGACCCCAGUUGGCUGAUCACCAUCAUUACCAUCGAAAAUUGCGGUGUAUGUAUUCAGCUGAUAAAGGUGAUCGAAAUCAAACGUCCCUAUCCAUGGGAGGAGGAUACUGAGCCAAACGAGGGAGAGUGCAGUUUUGAGCCCAGGAUUCUUCAGCAAGCGUGCAAAGUCUUCACAACACCCGGCUGUCUCCAGGAUCUGAUGAUGAACUUUGCAGGCUUCUGGGACAGUAUCGGCGACAUAUGGGCUGAUGUUGAGGAGAGAACGGGAAGCUUCAUAGACGAUGUCGAAAAUGGAGUCGAGGCGCUCAUCAAUGGAGCACAAGACGCCAUCAACGCGGCAGGAGAAGUGGUGCGGGACGGGGUCCAAAACAUCGUCGAUAAUGUACGGAGCACCGUCAGCAGUUGCAGAAUUUCCGCCCUGGACAUCCUAAGCCAACUCGCUCCCUUUGUCAAUACUGUCAGACAAAACAUCCAAGAUAUAAUUUGUAACAUCAUCAGUGAUGCAAAGGAACGUCUGAUUGACGCUAUUAGUGAAUUUUUUGAGGGGUUAGUGAAAGACGUAUUUGACGUCUUCUGCGACUUUCUGGACGGCCUGAUUGACGCUCUCCAAGCUCUGUUAGAUGCCAUAAGUUUUAUUCUGCCUCAAAGUCUGGAAGAUUUCUUGAAUAAUCUCUUGGCAAAAGCCAGGCUUCUACUUUGGCUGAAACGUAUCGCCCGGCUUUUCGGAGAGGGCAUUGGGUGGCUCCUCUGCCGCCUCUUCUGGUGGCUGAUUCGGCCUUUCGUACCACCGUUCAUUUACCCCGCUCCCUUCCGUCCCCUUAUACCAUUUAUCCCGCCCAUUAUAGGCUAACUCUUAUUGCAUCGUUAGGGCAUGGACAUCACCAUCGGCGUUUAUAUACAUAUGUGCAUGAAUACACAACUGUCGGACAAUAAGAAAGGGGUUUUCCACACCACUUAAAUAAGCAUAUACGACAAACCUGCACGGGUGCGGGGGGCAAUUGGAUCCCCGGUAAAGUAGAUAGGAUGGCAUUCAAACUAAAAGACAACUAUUCACAACUGAUGGGAGAGACAUUGUGCACGUGUAUAUCAUCAAAAACUAAACAUGCAAUAAAUUAGUAUUUAUGGGAGUACAACUGAUUUGGAAAGUACGAGUAAUGUUCAUUUUCAUUUUUCUCUCGGUAUUCAUACAUACACAUGAAAAUAUAAACCCCGUUGUUGUUGACUUUCCUAGCACAUGGCCUUGAGUUUGAUGAUGAGGAACGUUAAAAGGAUCACGAGCUAAGGACAAACGGAUUUCAAAAAUAUUUCACUCUUUAAACAGGUUUAAACUUUUGAACUUAUAUUUUUCUCCUUUCAAAAAUUUCUCAUUUGUGCAUGCCUUUGGCAGAGGCAAUAAUUAGACCAUAACAAAUGGUCCUUCCGUACAGAUUUGACCAGUUCUACUGCAACAUUAGUUCAUUUUUGUUCUUUGUCUUCACGUCAGCUUGUAUAGGGAACACAAGCACACAAAAUCUAAGACAUGAAAGCCCUUGAUUAAUAUAAUUAUGUAAAGACUUUCUCAACUCGUUCAGAAAUCAUGUCUCUUUCCAAAGGAUGUCAAACUCUGUCAGGCUCAAAAGAAGUCUAAUUCAAACGGUAUAUUUUAACAUGUUACCCUAAAAAUGCUAUUAAAUUAUACUGUGGAUACACAAAUACCUUGAAGUGUGGGUUGUACCAAGGACAUGCAGAUGAAGUUAAUGAAGAAGAUAAUCAAACGGCUGUACCGUAGAGGGUGGUUU